CGCUAAGGUCACCAUCGGUGGUGACCAAUUACUAACAGAGAUGGAGGAAACAUCUUCUAAAGAAGAAGCCUAUGAACGUGUCUUUGGGAAGGAGCAUCCUGGACGCGUUAGAGGAAUGGGGUUCGGGGUGGUUCCAACUCAAAUGCGUAAGCGUUGUGGUGAUUCUGCAUCAUCUUCUAGUGCCGGUCCUUCGCAAGCAGAGUAUGAUUCGCUCAAAGAGGAACUCGACACUUUGAAAGGGAAAAUGAGAGAAAUUGAUACCUUGAAAGCACAAAUGACAUCAAUUAUACAACAAAUUGGUGCUCAACAACCUUGUCAUAUAAAUGAGGUUACAGAUUUGGGCUCUCCAGGGGUCAGAAGAUCUUCUCAUGGUAGUCAUAAUCCACAUAGUGAAGGACCAGAUUCAUCACCUUAUAUUCCAUCUCCACCAGCACAACCUUGAAUAUUUUAUUUAGACAUUGAUUUUGGACAAUAUUGUUGUCAUUAUCAUAGGGAUUUGUUCAAGGUUAUUUACAUAACAGUUGAGACUUUGUCCAUACGUUGUUUAACAUAUUUUGUUCUAUGAUUUUGGAUAAUGCAUGCAUAUAUUCACUUUUAAU